AUUAUAAAUGCCGUCCUCUUCAAAGGAAAAAUGGACUCUUCGAGCGGCGUCGGAGUUCUCAACGGAAGCAGCGUAUAAAGAGUAUCUGUUGAGUUUGACAAAACGAUUUGAGUGCACUGAGGAUGAUGACGAUGAAAUUAUGGAGAAGUGCAAAGGUGGUGUAUUGGAGUCAGCCUUUGACGACUGCGACGAUGAACUAACGAGAAGCAUUUUGAAUGAUUCCAGGCUGAUUGCCCAGUCGAAUCAAUUGCAACUCGUAUCAGACAUGCUGCGAAUAUGUCCGAUUUCCGCAGAAUCAGUAAAGCCAGGCGGAAUAUUGGCGUCGUCAGCUAUUGAGACAACAACGGCGAGUGGUCGUAGUAGCGAUUCGGAGAGUUCUACAGCUGAUAGUGAAAAUAAACUAGAAAAGGGUAUGAGUAUAGUAUUGGGAGAUAGGAUUCCGGGAGAGCUCGCAUCGUAUGGUGUCACCGCAAGAGGACACACAGCUGAUAAUGGCCGACCUGUUGCGGUUCCGUUAAGGCUUGGAGGGUUCGAAGAAACUGAAAGAAUGUCUGAAAAUGGCGUAUUGGAGCUGCGAAAUGAAGCCCUGCGGGAAAAGGGAGGGAUCCGAAUAAAAGCUGAACCAUUUUUCGAAGGGUUCACGGAAACCGUGUCGAUUCCGAGUGAUAUGCCAUUUUCGGAAAUGACCGCCGUCCCGGGUCUACCCGAAGUAGCGAAGACUGUGGCGAGGAGGAGCGUGAGAAUGCGAAAAAAGCUCUUAGAGCCAGCAGCGAAAGAAUACGUCCAAGCUUAUGGAGUGUGGUCGAAAAUAGCUGAAGCUCGGCAGAGGGAGCUUUUGGAGCUAUCGGGAGUUUUUGGGCAUAAACAAACUGAUCUGAUACGAGCAUUGGAUGCUACUGUUUAUAAUCGCGAGGAUAAGAAAACGUUCGAAACAAGAAUUAGAUCGCAACAUUACCUCCUCCUUGGCAACCAUGAGAGCUUUGGAGGUGGAUGUUCGAUUAUGAACGCCCGUUCUCGAGGAAGGCAUCAUCCAAGGAUGCCCGAGGCGCUCAAGGGGACGACCAGCUCGAGCGCUAAAACAGAGAUUUCCUCGUCGGACUACGACACGCCGCGAAAUGAAGGAGGAGGCAGACGGAAACGCUCGAGUCGGGGCGCAACAGCGAAGGAGUCUCCAGCUGUUGAGCAACAAAUAGAAGAGGAAGCAGUUGAUGAGGAAGCUGAAAAACGGGCGUCGAUUCCCGAUCUGGAGUUGUUCGAUUAUUCGCUGGUUGGCUCUAGUGUGGCAUUUAACGACACGAAUAGAAGAGUUGCAGAUCUAGCUGAAGCUAAUAAAGAAUAUUUUCUACAGCUAACUCAGCCAACAGAUGCAGAUGUCAAGAAAUUUCUCGAGAGAUUGGUAUCAUUCCCCAAAGACUUUAGACGUAUGGCAGCGGGAAGCGAUCGCCUUAGUACAGGACAGAUGAUCGAGAUCUACUUUAGAUAUAAAAAUCUGUUGGGAUGCAAGACUAUGUUGAGUGGAUCUUUGAGAAGCCAAACGUGCAAACACAUUGCUAGGAAGGAGAUCAAACGUACUAUGUAUUAUUUAUCAAAAGCUGCAGAUAAGGUCCCUCAUCUCUGUCCAAGAGCUCCUCCAGUGGGCGCGCAUGGGCGACCGAGUCGCUAUUAUACGCACGAAUUCCUGCGCUGUCUGGAACAGAACUCGCUGCGUUAUAAUCCGCAUAGGCGUCGUGCUAUUGUGAAUACGGAAGAUGAUAAUUCACUGAGAGGCAAGUUGGAGGAUAUCCUCGCAACAGCUGUGGCGUCGCAUUGUCUGGAAUGGGCGGAUCUGGAAGCAGUAGCACAGAGAAGAUACCGACCGUCGCCGUUUAAAGGGGGUGAGCAUCUGCCACAGAUGAGUUCAUCAACAACCCCUAGUGGCAAUCCGGUUUAGUAGC